CGAUGUCUUGACAUCAGAGUGGAAAGAAGUGCGUAUCGCGAAAGUACGGUUAUUCCGCUGGCGUGGGUCGGAUUUAAUUCUACCAAAUUGAAUUUUGAUCGUUUCAGUUUUAGUGCUAAUUUUUAGAUUUUCAGCAUAAAUUGGUACUCGCAACGGAUUGCGAGUACCUCCAAGUGUAUUUCGAUAUCGGUGGAGAGUGCUGAAGAGAUAAUAAUAAAAAAGAAAGAGCAAAAUACUCCUCUGAGGCACACAAAAAUGUCUUCGCACCAGCUGGAUUCCGAGCUGGUGGAAAGAGCUAUUGGAUUCCAUGGAUUACCGUUGCAAAAAAUUUGGGAAGGAGAACGUGGUGACGCCGAUCUGUCCCGCAUAGGUGUCUCAAACCCGGACUAUUCUGUUUAUCAGUCUCGCCAGAAGACACUCACCUUCCAUGAUCGUGCCAAAAGGUUCAAGUUGCAUCAGUUUCUGUCCAAGAAAGCUGAUUCUUUAUAUGAUAGUGAACUUAACAGGCAGCCACUGAUGGCCCGAACAGAAAGGCGACGUCCGGGAGACUUUCAGCAAUAUGAUAAAUUUACUGUGCCACCCUUCGAUGCCUUUAUGGACAUUGAGACGAACGAAAAAGUCAACCAUUUUCUACAGACUGCGAGGCCGGGUGACGUUGUGUAUGGAAUAGUGGCCAAUAAGAAUCAUCAAGGAAUCAUUUUCAAAGUGUUACUGUCGCUGGGAAAUACGUGUUGUUUCAUUAAUAGCAGCGCAGUCAAGGCAUAUGUGUCAACUAACUAUUUGGUUCCGGUUUAUGACCGCAAUGGCGCCGUUCGCAGUUUUACGACCAACGAUUUAAUCUGCUGUGAAGUAGCUGAUGCUCAACCCGAUGCUAGAAAAUUAAUCUGUACCAUGCAAAGGACACUUCUGAGUCGUUCACCUAGUACAAUCACUUACGGACUAAUUUCUGCAGAAGACCUCCCUCAAGCAUACAAACUUAGCCUUGCAGCAACAAAGGAAAUCAGACCGUACGAGUACUAUCUGAAGAAAACACCUUCUUUCAAUGACCCUCGGGGCAUUGAAAGUUUGAUGCAAGAACUUGGCCUCAGUGGAACCGAAUUUUACAGCAACAUGUCAAAUUUAAAGGGAAAGUUUCCUCAGCAAGAGUACGCAGGUGAACUCCGUAAUUCACAAGCAAGCAAAUGGGCAUUUAGAUCCGUCGCCGAAGGAAUCGAACACUUCAAAGAAGGUCGUCACAGUGAAGCAUUUCAGUGUUUGAACAAAGCACUCAGUAUUGAUCCCCGCAAUGUGGAGGGAUUGGUAGCCCGGGGGGCACUUUAUGCCAACAGCGGUUCAUUCAAGAAAGCGGUCGAUGACUUUGAGAUGGCAUUGAAGAUCAACUCAUCCCAUGCCAAUGCCCGGAAGUAUAUGGGCGAAACGUUGGUUGCGUUGGGACGAAGCUACGAGGAGGAGAACCGCGCCGAUGAGGCCAAAAAAGCCUACCAGGAUUGCUUGAAUAUUAUUCCACAUCAUGAAGAAGCGCAAAACUCGUUGGAGUUUCUAAAGUCUAAAUCGUUCAACAAGCAGAUCGUUGCUCCGAAUGAGUUGGAACUGCCGGCAUUGAAUAUUCCCAAAUCGUCGUCAUCACACGAUCGCAAUAAGCAGGAACCGGACACAUCCGGUGUCAGUGGUUCCAAGCGGGCCGGCUCGGAAAACCGUAAGGAUAAGAAGGGCACCAAGAAGCAAGAGAAGAAGAAACGUCACAAGAAACACCAGAGCAGCUCCAGCGAUUCGAGCUCCAACAGUUCCGACUCCAGCGAUUCGAGCUCGGAUUCGGAUAGCAGCAGCAGCGAUUCGUCGUCCACUUCGGAUUCUUCGCGAUCGUCCAGGCCCAAGAAGCGUUCCAAACGCAGUAAAACCGAGAAGAAACAAAAAUCUCUGUCCCCGCUCAGCAAACGCAUGUCGGCUGGAAUGGGAAAUGACACCCGCGGCCACGAUGGACCGUUCCCGUUCGGCAAUCAAGCUGCACAUGGCCAUCCACCCGCCGGAACAGACGAAUAUGAAUUGAAGGUCCGCAAGUUCUUGGAUAUGCCACGUGACGAAGAUGACUACGAGGAAAAAGUACGUCGUUUUGUAGCAGAGGCGUCAAAGUACCAGAAAGAACGCAAAGCACAAGAGGAAAAAACAAAGAAGAAAAAGAAGAAGGACGAUAAGAAAGCUAAAAAGGAAAGCAAAAAGAAACGUAAAUCAGAGGAAAAGAAGAAAUCGAAAAAGAAGGACAAGGACGAAGAUGUCCUGAACAACGAUAAAUUAAAGGAAGCGUUGAAAAUCUUUGAAAAUUUCCCUGUUCUGGAUGAGCUUGGUAGCAAGCUGUCGGAAUAUUAUUCGAAACUUGAAAACCAAGGAGCAGGUCCUAGCGGGAUGGCUUCGGUUAUGUCUUCACUUCUGACUAAGAGUUCUAAAAAAGACGCAACAAAAGCGGAGAAAACGGAAGAACCGAAAGCCUCGUCGAAGCCACCCGAUUUGGCAGCAAAGGAACGAUCGGACAAAGACACCAAAUGGCGGAUGAUGUUCAACAAAGAUGAGAGAGCAGUAGUAAAGGAACCCCCACCGACGACCAAGAGUUUUGUUCCAAAGCAGUACGCGUUUUCCAACGAAUCGGAUGAAGAAUCACUAGGGGUAUUUCAGAUGCAACAACAUCAGCAACAGUUACAGCAGAAAGCAAGUCAAAGGACUGCUCGCUACGAUGAGGAAAAGAACAGAAGAAGACCACCUACACCGGAGAAGCCGAAACCAUCUGUUUCGCAAAUGGCACCGGUAAAAUCUGGUCCGGUUGUUUUGGAUAAAUUCGGUAACUUUAGGCUGGCCAAUGCUGAAGAAACAACAAAGCCCCCGGAGCCAUCGGGUCCACCGCGUAGAUCCCGUAGUAGGUCUCGUGGCCGCCGCUAUGGCAGUUCCAGCCGUUCUCGGUCGCAAAGCAUGAGACGUCGCUCCCGUUCGGGGAGCUUCAGAAGACGUUUCAGUCGUUCGAGGUCCCGGUCCUUUAGUCGGUCUCGGUCACGGUCUUACUCGAGAAGCCGCUCCCGCUCACGGAGCUUCGAACGGCGUCGUUUCGAUCGUCGAGACUAUCGUGGCAGGGGUGGUUUCCAUAAUCGACCUUUCGGAAACCGCUUUCAUUCCAGAGGUGGUUUCAUGAAUCGCCGUGGUGGUUUUCGAGAUUUCCGUGAUUCUGGUCGCGGAGGAUUCCGGGACCGUCCGUUCCGCAAUAAUAAUCGUUUCCGUGGACGAUUCCAGCGAUCUUUCAGUCGAAGCACGAGCAAGUCUCCCGAUCGUAUUCCGGUGAGUCCAAGCGAGCGUCAUCGACGUGAUCGGUCUCGUGAUCAGGAUCGAGAUCGUUCUCGCGAACGUAAUUAUGAACACAAGCGCUCGAAAGAACGGGAACCUUCUAAAACAAAGGAAAAGAGAGAAGAUAAAGAAAAGCCCGCAGCAGAAGAAACCAGCCGAGUAUAUUUGGCUGAUGACAUUGAAGGACGUUGGGCCGACAAGAAAGACAAUGAAGAACAGGAUCCUCCACCUCCGGGAGCAGAAGAUACUACCCUUGAUGAUUUGGAAAGAAUAUUGGAUAAAGCUCGAAAGGAUAAGAAAGAUGAGAUGAUGGAGCGGAAUAAGGACAUUCUGAAGAAAUCUGGCGAAUUAUAAACUAACAAUAAUUUCUUAGAUUUUAGCCUAGUGGUUUGAAACAUCUCAGAUAAGUGAAUGAGUAAAAGAAAUGAAAAGUUUCGGACAACAGAUUAUCUUUCACUGCACUACCUAACACCUUCAUGGUGGAAACUCAAUAAAAUC